AUGUCCAUUUCCACACUCGCCAACUGGGUCUGCCGCGCCUUCCAGCUGCUCUUCGGCAUCGUCAUCCUCGGUCUCAGCGUCACGCUGAUCCGCGGCCAUCACUGGGGCGCGCUGCCUGCUACACUCGGCUACGCAGCGUUCCUGGGCGGCGUGACUAUAAUCGCCGCGCUCAUCGGGAUCGCAGCAGUCUGGAUCACGUUCCUCGAGGGCAUAGUCGGCAUGGCGAUUGACGUCUUCGCCGCGCUGCUCAACAUCGCUGGCGGAAUUGCCCUCGCCAUCAAGAUGCGCGGCGUGACCUGCAACAUCAAAGACAACGAUUUCGACGACAUCGAGAACGGCUUCAAAGCCGUGUACAACGAGCUCUUCAACGGCGGGUGCAUGAAAUUUCAAAAGGUAACUAGCUGCUGGGUGAUGAGUCAGCCUUGGAGUGCGAGCAAGAUGGAGAAUACGAUUGAGGGGCAUUGCAGGGAGAGCAGUGCGGAUAUGGUGUUUAUGUUUCUGGUGGCGGCGUUGUUCCUUGUCACGGCGGGUUUGGCGUUCCUGAGGAAGCGUAAGGGCUACUAG